AUGGAGCCGGCCGCGGGCUUCCUGUCCCCGCGCCCCUUCCCGCGUGCGGCCGCCCCGCCCGCGCCCCCCGCCGGGCCAGGGCCGCCUUCCAGUGCCGCCUCGCCAGGAUCCGAGCUGGAGAUGCUAGCUGGGCCACGGGCGCCGGACCCUGGACGCCUCAUCACCGACCCGGGCAGCGGCCGCACUUACGUCAAAGGCCGCUUGUUGGGCAAGGGGGGCUUCGCUCGCUGCUACGAGGCCACUGACACAGACACCGGCGUCUCCUACGCCGUCAAAAUCAUCCCGCAGAGCCGCGUCGCCAAGCCUCAUCAACGAGAGAAGAUCCUAAACGAGAUCGAAUUGCACCGAGACCUCCAGCACCGCCAUAUCGUUCGUUUUUCGCACCACUUUGAGGAUGCUGACAACAUAUACAUUUUCCUGGAGCUAUGCAGCCGAAAGUCACUGGCCCACAUCUGGAAGGCCCGGCACACCCUGUUGGAGCCAGAGGUGCGCUACUACCUGCGGCAGAUCCUUUCAGGCCUCAAGUACUUGCACCAGAGGGGUAUCUUACACCGGGACCUCAAGCUAGGAAAUUUUUUCAUCACUGAGAACAUGGAACUGAAAGUGGGGGAUUUUGGGCUGGCAUCUCGGUUAGAGCCCCCAGACCAGAGGAAAAAGACCAUCUGUGGCACUCCAAACUAUGUGGCUCCAGAAGUGCUGCUGAGACAGGGCCAUGGCCCUGAGGCAGAUGUGUGGUCACUGGGCUGCGUCAUGUACACACUGCUUUGUGGGAGCCCCCCUUUUGAGACUGCUGACCUGAAGGAAACUUACCGCUGUAUCAAGCAGGUUCAUUACACACUGCCUGCCAGUCUCUCACUGCCUGCCCGGCAGCUCCUGGCUGCCAUCCUUCGAGCUUCUCCUCGAGACCGCCCUUCUAUUGAGCAGAUACUGCGCCAUGAUUUCUUCACCAAGGGCUACACCCCUGAUCGGCUUCCUGUCAGCAGCUGUGUGACAGUCCCAGAUCUGACACCCCCCAACCCUGCAAGGAGUCUGUUUGCCAAAGUUACCAAGAGCCUGUUUGGCAGGAAGAAGAACAAGAAUAAGAACCAUCCUGAGGAACGGGACAAUGUCUCCUGUUUGGUGAGCGGCCUCCUGCGUACCUCCAUUGGUCAUCCAGAUGCCAGGCUUGAGGCUCCAGCAGGUUUGGGUCUAGCCCCUGUCAGUGUUGUGGAGACAGCUGCUGAAGACAGCUCACCCCGUGGGACGCUGACGAGCAGUGGAGAUGGAUUUGAAGAAGGUCUGACUGUUGCCACAGUGGUGGAGUCUGCUCUCUGUGCUCUAAGAAACUGUGUGGCCUUUAUGCCCCCGGCGGAACAGAACCCGGCCCCAUUGGCACAGCCAGAGCCUCUGGUAUGGGUCAGCAAGUGGGUUGACUACUCCAACAAGUUUGGCUUUGGGUACCAACUGUCCAGCCGCCGCGUGGCUGUGCUUUUCAACGACGGCACACACAUGGCCUUGUCGGCCAAUAGAAAGACUGUGCACUACAACCCCACCAGCACGAAGCAUUUCUCCUUUUCCGUGGGUGCUGUACCCCGGGCUCUGCAGCCUCAGCUGGGCAUCCUGCGGUAUUUUGCCUCCUACAUGGAGCAGCACCUCAUGAAGGGUGGGGAUCUGCCCAGUGUGGAAGAGGUAGAGGUGCCUGCUCCGCCCUUGCUGUUGCAGUGGGUCAAGACAGAUCAGGCCCUACUCAUGCUAUUUAGUGAUGGCACUGUCCAGGUGAACUUCUAUGGGGACCACACAAAGCUGAUCCUCAGUGGCUGGGAGCCACUUCUUGUGACUUUUGUGGCCCGGAAUCGCAGUGCUUAUACUUACCUCGCUUCCCACCUCCGGCAGCUGGGCUGCUCCCCAGACCUGCGGCAGCGACUGCGCUACGCUCUGCGUCUGCUCAGGGACCGAAGUCCCCCUUAGGUCCUAAACUGCAGAGCAGACUAUUAUCCAACCCCUCAAGCUUGAGGCCUGUGCCUGGAAUGCCCUGGCCCUCCCUUUUCUUUUGGUGCCUCACUGGGGGCUCUGGGCCAAGUCCCCCAGGGAAUCAGGGAUCAGCUUUACUGGAGUUGGGGGCAGCCUGCCCUUGCUCCCUGAGAUAAGCCUGAGCCUUAGUCCCCAGCUAGGGGGCGUUAUUUAUGGACCACUUUUAUUUAUUUGACAUUUAUUUAUUGGGAUGUGAGCCCCAGGGGGGCCUCCUUCUGGGACAAUAAACCAUUUUUGCAGAA